CCCUCUCCUUCUCUCGGGGAUUCGACCUCUAACGAUUCCCGAGGAACACUGUCAAUCUUUUCGAUUUCUACUCGCAAUCUCUUUUUAGGGUUUGCUUCUUGUUUUCUAUCUUUAUUUUCUUCUCUAUAGCUAACCUAUAUAAGUGAACAACACUAAUAGUUCCACUAAACGAGGCCGGGAAGAAGAUUCGACGACCGCGCAUGAGCACUUGUCGUAACUUCAGAUACGCACUAGUCCAAGCUUUUUAGGGUUUCUUCUGGAUCUCUCAGAAUAAUCCUCUUUCGAGUUUUCAGAAGCAGGUUUAAUUUGGUGCACAAGAAGAGACGAGACAUGAACUCGUUUUCGCACGUGCCUCCCGGCUUCAGAUUUCAUCCCACGGACGAAGAGCUCGUCGAUUACUACCUGAGGAAAAAAGUCGCCUCCAAGAGAAUUGAAAUCGAUUUCAUCAAAGAUGUCGACCUUUACAAGAUUGAGCCAUGGGAUCUCAAUGAUUUGUGCAUCAUAGGGAACGAAGAGCAGAACGAAUGGUACUUCUUUAGCCAUAAAGACAAGAAGUAUCCGACCGGAACACGGACCAACAGGGCAACAAAAGCCGGGUUUUGGAAAGCCACGGGAAGGGACAAGGCGAUAUACUCGAGGCAUAGCCUUAUUGGUAUGAGGAAAACCCUUGUCUUUUACCAAGGAAGAGCGCCCAAUGGACAGAAAUCCGACUGGAUCAUGCAUGAAUACCGGCUUGAAACCAAUGAAAACGGGACCCCUCAGGAAGAAGGAUGGGUGGUAUGCAGGGUGUUCAAGAAGAGAUUGGCGGCCGUGAGGAAAAUGGGAGACUACGAGAUAUCACCGACGCAUUGGUAUGACGAUCAACUCUCCUUCAUGGCUUCAGACCUCGAAACGAAUUCUCCAACGCGGAGAAUUCUCCCGAGCCACCAUCAACUUCAGCCGCCUUAUGGUCUCGUCAAUGCCGCCGCUUACAAUCUCCACAACCCUAACUUGCAAUGCAAGCAAGAGCUCGAGCUGCAACAGCACUACAAUCAUCUGGUACAGCACCAUCAUCUUCUUCAUGAACCUUUGUUCCUCCAACUCCCUCCGCUCGAAAGCCCUAAAAUCCGACAAGCUAACAGUAAUUGCAACUCUCUUCCUUGCACGGGCGAUAAUGUUAACUUGCAGCCGUCGAAUCUCACGCAUGGUGAGGAACAAAUGAUGCAUCAAGGGAGUUCGAGUUUCGGUUCUUUGUAUAUGAAUAAUGGCACCGAGCAAGCGGUGGUCGAUCAAGUGACUGACUGGAGGGUGCUCGAUAAAUUCGUCGCUUCACAGCUAAGCAACGAGGAGGCUUCUGCUUCUGCACAGACAAAUGCUAAGGAUCUUCGAGUCGACGAUGAGGAAAUGAACUUGUUGGAGAGCGAAACGAAAAGGGUUUCCGAGAUGGGGCAAGAGUACGCUGCUGCUGCUGCUUCGACUUCUUCCAGCUGCCAAAUCGAUCUGUGGAAGUGACCAAAGAGAUUAAACUCUGAAGAUUCAGAAGAUAUAUUGUAUGUAUACAUGACAUAUAUAUAUACACACACACAUCACAUAGACAGCACACUGAUCAUGUGGUGGUACAGAAUAUAACUAAGGAUAUGGAAACGGGAAGAAAAUUGGAGUAUCUACCUGAUUCUUGAGAUUUCUGUACAUAAUAAAAUUAAAAUUGUGGUAUUGAUUUGUAUGAAUUUCAAUUAUAUUAAUUGAACGUUAUGCUGUAGAUA